CAUAUUCUUCCUUCUUUUCUUGAUGCAUGCUUUUGCUUUCAACCCCUUUUAGGCCUUGGUUUGAAAAAAGGGGGCUUCCAUCAAACACUGUGAACUCCUUUGGUUGUAGAGAUUUUGAGGAUGGGGGAACACUUUGUAUUGUUGGUGGAUCGAUUAAUCACCGAAUCCACGUUAGAAGCUGCAAUUGAGAGCAGGAACCGGUCGAUGCAAGCCACAUCCUCAGCAAUCGACAAAGCGAAAAUUGAUGGCUGUUGCCAGAAAAUAAUAGAUGUUCAGGAUAUAUCAUCCUUAACUGGGAAGCUAGUAGAAUGCAGAAUAUGCCAGGACGAGGAUCAAGAUUCAAACAUGGAGACACCCUGCUCUUGCUGUGGCAGCUUAAAGUAUGCGCACCGCAGAUGUGUACAGAGGUGGUGCAAUGAGAAAGGUGACACAGUGUGUGAGAUAUGCCACCAGCAAUUCAAACCUGGUUAUACAGCUCCUCCUCCACUGUUUCAAUUCGGGCGUAUACCUAUGAACUUCAGGGGAAACUGGGAGAUUUCGCAAAGGGACAGCCCGCGCAUUAUAGCAAUGGUUUCGACCGACCGUGCUUUCCUGAAUACUAAUCCUGACUACGAUGAGUAUUCAGCUUCUACUGCAAGAAAUGUGUUAUGCUGUCGUUCACUCGCUUUCAUCUUCAUGAUCCUGUUAUGGUAA